AUGUUCUGGAAAAUGAUUGGGAGAGAGAAGAAGAAGACUGAUGAGGGGAUCCGGAACGAGAUGAAGGAAUUCACCCAACUUCCUCAAGAAGACCUGGAAAGCACUAUUCGAGGCCUUCGAAACACUAGUCCUGCUGUUAACAGCGAUGACUACUACGCCAUAUUUUUGAAAUGCAAGGAAGAAGGACUGUAUCGCCAUAAAUCGAGACGAUCCCAGACCGUGUCCCAUCUUCGUUGCCUUAUCCAGAUAGACAAGGCAGCCGCUGAAGGUGUACUCCCGUACACAGUGCCCCCUGACAACAUUCUACAUGCGCUGGAACGCUUGCUUGCCCAAGAUGUCAUUACGAGACAGGUUACAACAGUUGCAGCAUUUCGUUUUGUUACCGGCUGCGGCCAACAUAUCGCAAGCCAACAUUGGCGACCCGAAGUAUCAGUAAUCGAAAUGGUUAUCUCCGCCCAGACAGCUGGCCACAUAUCAGAAAAAGCAGCGAGACUCGCCCAAAACGCUUAUUUCUUGCUUCUGGGGCCUGAAGAAGUGAGUUGGAUCCAGCAAAAAGAGGGAACACCCGAAAAUGAGAAUGGGGUCUUAUUUGAGACCGCGCAGAAAGAAGGACUCGGGAGUGUCAAUGUCGCUUUGAUGCGGCAGUGGAAGCCAAUCCCGCGAGAUACCAUCCAAGAUAUCAUUGACAAGGGAUAUGGCCACACCUUGCAAGAGGCCAAGAACGAGUAUGAUGCGAGACAGCUGAUGCGAAAGCAUGGCGUAGACCGUAAGGACGCUAAGGGCGCCCUGGAAAAGUUCAACGGUGAUCUCAACAAGGCAGACCCGGCGUGCGAAGAGCUUGCAGAGGCAGCAAGCAAGAACCUCCAGAUUUCUCCAGUUGUCUCUACAAGAGACACACGUAGUGCUCCGAACGUGACGGAAAAUACUCGGGUUGUCGCUGUACUCGGAAUCGAUGAAGGGCCUAAUGAUCAGAAUGCCGCGAGCCCAUCACUGGGCGAUGGGUGGAUGGUUUCCGAUUUUUAUCUCUGGCUCAGCGUUCUAGAGGGAAUGGGGAAAACACAGGCAUGGAUCACUUGCUUAGAGCCUGACUAUCUCCUGGAUAAGUAUGGGCGGGAAAAUAAGGUCACUGUGGAAGGCAUCGAGGGUGACAGAUCAGUACUCAAACCGGUGCAAACCAAAUGGGCCACAGGAUUCAUUCACGGAGAUCCUUUCGAGGAACGCAAAGUGGUUCUUGAUGAUGCCCUGCUUCCAAGAAUCCGUGAUCGAGUGACUAUUGGGCCAAAAGGUACAGCCCUUUGCGACUUCUUUCUGAAUCGCUUGGAACAAACGGUCAAAGACGCUGGUCUAUGCGGAGACCGAGUUUUGAUCAUGAUAUUUUCACCUGGGGACUACUAUGACACCAAUGGUGGGCUCCUCGUUGGUAUUUCUCCGUUGGACAGUGGGGAGGAUAUCGGAAAUGCUGUUAUUCGGCCGGAACACAUCACUUCCAUUCUUGCUAAGUACCCUAAUGUUAAAUUAACUAUUUACAUGACCUCAUGCUACUCCGGCCAUUGGAUCGAGACAGUCGAGUUCCAAGGAGCACAGCUUAAGCCAGUGGUUUUGGCAGCCGCGAAGCGCAACGAAGAGUCCUUUGGCUUUGUGUGGUCACACUCGCAACGCCACGCAGGUGGCCUCUGUUCGGCGACAACGAUCACAGAGCUCUAUCAAGAGCCAGCAACCCUUCCAGAAGAUGCUAGUCAAGAUACCGCGCGUGAGUAUCGUAAGCUCACAACACAAAUGACUGCUGAAAUAAACCGAUUGUGUCUCCCAGCAAAUAUAACCACGUUCUAUGGAUCCUCUCCAGUAUUUAGUGAUCGGGAGUCACAAGAGAAGUUCUGGCGGAGAACCGGCUACAAUCUGUAUGACUAUCAAACCAACUUUGAUAGACUUCAGACCAUACCACCGUCCGAUCCCCACCCUAAGCGGGAUCGAAAACGGUCCAGUGCGGACUCCAUCGAUGGGACCCAUCCGGAUAUCCUGGCAUGGGAGCAACGCCAUCCAGGCGUUAUUGAUGAGGAUUACCCAGAAGCGACUGGGGGAUAUGGAGCGACCAGCCGUGGGCUGGUUGCUCCCCACUCAAUGCGAUAUCUUAUCAAUCAAUACUUGAAGGCCAAGCCUCGCCUAGAGGCCCCAGAACACCGAGCGCUGUGGGCCCGGUGGCGUAUGUAUAUCAAGGGCCAGCUAAGCCAUGAGCAAAAGGUUACCCUGCGAAGGGAGCUCCUGGCGUGCGUGCAAAUGAAUACAAUGGUCAACCAGUAUACAAAGAUCCUUGGCCUUUAUAAGCUCGCCAAUAUUGAAUCCUGGACCCUGGCUUCUACGGCUCGAGAAUACGAUCGGGACACCUUCGGCGACAUCUCGGAUACGAUUGCCCGAUCUCGCCUCCUACACAUUAAACCCCCUAACAAACGAAGUGUUCACUACCAUCGAAAGCCAUCUCAGUACCUCGCAGCAUCAAUGCUGCUUGCGGGGUACAAUAAGUGGGAUGUGGAGGAAGCCAUCGCCAAACUCUGGCGUCUUCGGAAAUCAGGCAAGAUUAUGGACCCAAUCUCUGCUGAUUACCUGCGUUCUAUUCGAUACUCAAGGAAUACUUGA